GAAACGCAGUCAGCAGUAGCAGUAAACAGGAGAGGAGCAGAAAGCUAGUCGGCUGCUUAUGAACACACAGGAAACACUACGUGGACUAUUUCAACAGCUACACCUAAAACACAUCCAUUCUCCGCCUCUAACAGAUGCCAUAAAUUAAUUUAGUUUGUCAGCUUUGCGCCUGUCUUUUCUUCGGUCCUGCCGUUUUAGUAGGAACUUUUCUUGGAGCAGAGAGAGGAGAGAAGGAGGCACCAUGCCACGAAGGACUGUUCAAGACGUAACAGUUCAAGAUGUGCAGAAGAGGAGGAAUCCCAGCAAGCAUUAUGUUUACAUCAUCAAGGUGUCCUGGUCUGAUGGCACCACAGAAGUCAUUUUCAGGAGAUACAGUAAAUUCUUCGAUCUGCAGAUGGAGCUUCUGGAUAAGUUCCCUGUGGAAGGAGGGCAGAAGGAUCCAAAGCGAAGAAUCAUCCCCUUUUUACCAGGGAAAAUUCUGUUCAGAAGGAGUCACAUCAGGGACGUGGCCAUGAAGCGCCUGCGGCCCAUAAACGAAUACUGCAGGGCCCUGAUCCAGCUGCCUGUGUAUAUUUCCCAGUGUGAGGAAGUGCGCGUGUUCUUUGAGACGCGUCCCGAGGACCUGAACCCACCCAUAGAGGAACCCAUCGGGAAAAAGAAAUCAGGCAUUGUGGAGAGAGCGGCUUCUUUCCUAAAGCGAGGAGGAGACUCCACUUCAGCUGACCCGCUUCUGCUGGACCAGUAUGUGGCCGUGACGGACUAUGAGAAGCAGGAGAGUUCAGAGAUCAGCCUCCAUGUGGGCCAGGUGGUAGAGGUCAUAGAGAAAAAUGAAUCAGGUUGGUGGUUUGUGAGCUCAGAGGACGCUCAAGGCUGGGUGCCUGCGACCUGCCUGGAGGCUCAGGAUGACCCGGAUGAUUUCUCUCUGCCAGCAGAGGAAGAAGAGAAGUACACAGUGAUCUACCCUUACGCGGCUCGUGAUCAAGACGAAAUCGAUUUGGAGAAGGGCAUGACCGUCGAGGUCAUCCAGAAAAAUUUGGAGGGCUGGUGGAAGAUCAGGUACCAAGGUCGAGAGGGCUGGGCCCCAGCGUCCUAUCUGAAAAAGGCCGACAUCCUGAGCCAGAAAAUGGCCGCUGGAGCUGCGGCUCAUGCCAGCACCAACGACCUGGAGGGAGUCUGCAGGCAGCAGAACGCGAGCAAAGAGAACAAGGAAAACCAGAGAGAGCGCUUUGCUCCAUUUUCAGACAGCAAGCGCAAAGGUGGGGCGCGACAGAGACCUCCUCCACGCCGCGAUCUAACAAUACCUAGAGGAGUGAACUUGCCCAAGCCUCCAGUGCCUCCACAGGUGGAAGAAGAGUACUACACCAUCGCUGACUUCCAGACAACCAUCCCUGAUGGCAUCAGCUUCCAGGCAGGAGUAAAAGUCGAGGUGAUCGAGAAGAAUUCCAGUGGCUGGUGGUACAUUCAGAUCGAUGAGAAGGAAGGCUGGGCUCCUGUAACUUUCUUGGAUAAAUACAAGAAGACCAGCAGUGCCUCCAGACCUAAUUUCUUAGCCCCGCUGCCUGGAGAGAUGGCUCAGCUGAAGCUGGAGGAUGGUCCACCCAAUAACAGCAGCACAGAAGAUAACUGGUCCAAACCCCUGCCAGACGAGCCCUCCUCUAGUGCUGACUUUGCCACACGUCCCAAACUGAGAGAUUGGAAGUCCAAUGCUGUAAAGAGCACAGGUCCUUUCUCUGGACCUUUACCUCCAGCUCCUUCUGCACCUCCUGCUGAGGAGAAACCAGCGCUGCCACCCCGAAGAGAAUCCAUUAACAAAAGCCUUGAAGUAGAGGAAAAGCCCAAACCAGAUGGUUCCAAACCGCUUCCGCCCAAGCCUCCAGCACCUGGGGUCAUCAUGCCUUUAGUGCCUCCCAAAUCAGCUCCAUUCAAACCGGACAAGCCUCCAGAGCCAAAAAAGGAUGAGAAGAACAAGCCUUUGCACUUGCGCAAUGAGAUGGGUUUGGAGUGUGGCCACAAGGUGUCCGUCAAGGAGGUCAAGAAGUUCAACCUGAAGCCUGUGCCAAAGCAACCCCCAAAGCCCAAGCCUGAGAGCCAAGAAGAGAAGACGGAGUCCAUCAGUCCAGCACCUUUCCUCAAGCCUAAACCAGUCCUAAGGCCCAAACCGGCUCCUCCUGUCAAACCUGAAUCCCAGGCCAAGAGUGAGUUGGACAUUACCAACCUGAGGAGCAAGCUACGUCCAUCUAAACCGCCUGAGCCUAGCCAAGGUUCAGGUGAGUCUAGCCAGCAAAAUGGCACCAACAGUCCUUCAAAUAAUGUUGUUAAUAAUGGCAGACCGAGCGAAGAACAAAAAUGUCCACCUAAGCAGCAGAAUGGCCAUGAUCAGCCAGAGGUUUCUAAACCCCAAAUGCCUGCCCACAAAGAGCCUCCACAGAGACCCAGCGGUGCACCUAGAAGGCCCCCUCCACCAAAAAAGAGCUCGGAGCCAGCCAGCCCCACUGAAACCAAAGCCCCGCCGCAGAAUGACGCUCAGGAAGCCAAGCCCGCAGCCCCUCAGAACAGACCACCACCACCCAAGCCAAAGGCCUUCCAGCCUCCAGCCUUGAAAGACAAGGAGAAGGAAGAGCCCAAGGCUAAAGUGCCUGUGCCGCCAAAACCCCUGAUUAAAGCUGAUAAACCUGGGCCUCCAAGAGACAAACUUCCACCGCUAAUCAAAGAUCCAGCCAAAGAGGAGCUGUUCCUGGCAGUAGCGGACUUUGAAGGAGAUGACCAAACGCCUGGCUUUAAAGAGGGAGCUGUGUUUGAGGUGCUUGAGAAGAACAGCACCGGUUGGUGGUUUUGUAAAAAUGUAAGUGAUGGGUCAAUGUCUGAGGGCUGGAUCCCUUCCAAUUAUCUGACCAAAAAACACUAGGUACUCGUAGACCCCUUGUGUUUUUUUUUGUUUUUUUUUUAAACCUAUCUGUAUCUAUUUAAUUAGUCUUAUUUAUGGGUACCUUUUAGUCGAAGUCUCUUGUUACAUUCCAUUCUUUCGCAAGUUCAGACAGAUCAAAAUUCAUUUGUUUGCGCUUGCUAGUUUUUGACUGUCCCCUUGGGGACGUGGGUGGAAUAUACGUGUGGCGCCGAGACACUUCUUUGGGAGAAAACGCUGAAUGUCUCACAUUCCUAACCCAUUAGUUCUAUGCAUGUUAACCAAGCUCAUACUAUUUUUAUAUUUAGUGCUAUAUAAAAAACUAGCAAUAUAUUAAUUAAGACUUCUUGCAGCCUCCAAUGCUAAUGUGCCUCAAUAUAAAAUGCAGUUCUCCAAGCCUAUUUACAGCAUAUGCAUAUUAGUGAAACGUCUCCAAAUCAAAGCUCAACCUACUCAAAAAGCAGUGAAGGUAUCUGAAUAGUAAUAGAGAUAGAGUUGAUGCGCUUGAGCCUCAAAAAAAAAAUGAAUCACAAGCCAAAUCAGCCUUUAAAGUCACAAAGGACACAUCAGCUUGGUAGUGCUUAUUAAUCUUUCGAUGGGAGAAAUUAGCUGCUUUGAAGUGCUCAUAUAAUAAUGCAGCAGACCUUUAUAUAAUAACAUUUUGUAAAGUGCUAAUGCUAAUUUUUGUACUGCCUUUUUACAACUUAUUUUGCUUAUUUAUCCACUUUUUAAAGCCAAUUUUGGGUUAUUGCAAUGCUUCAACUUGCACUUUUGUUAGAGAUGAAGUUCACAGAUUUCAUCACUGUGGCAUUGAAGAGAAAAGGAGAACAGAACGGAGUGAAAUGAAACAUGAAACGAGGAAAAAAAAAUAAACGGAAAUUAAGAGUCAGUUUAACACAGUGGCAACUGUUUAAAUGUUAAUAAACAAAUGAUCCGAUU